AUGGCGAUAACCAAAAUCGCCCGCCAGAAUCGAAGAAAAAAGGCGAACGACGGCAAAGAAACACCACAGAUAAGGUCAAGUUCCCGGCUUCAGAAUAUCAUUUCAAAAUCAAAGCCCAAACUCGUUCAGAAAAAGCUUGUUUUUGAGAAAAAAACGAACCCUAACCCUAGUCGCAAGUCCACCACCAACGCAAGUAUGAAGAAUCAAGUUCCAUCCUCUGAUUCAGACGACUUCCAGUCCGACCACGGCCGUAAAAAUCCCAAAAACAUACGGCGGUACUCUAAAUCCAAAAUCCCCAAUCCCACUGAGAAGGGUAAUUCUUCCAACUCCGAUUUUGAAGAUGAAAUUCAACCAGAAGACGUCACUAGUGAAGAAUACUCGAGGGAAGAGGAAUCCCCGGUGGAAAAUUUCAACAAAAGAAACAAAAAAAGGAUUCAAAAUGAGAAAGGGGAAGUAAAUAUGAACAAGAAAAGGAGAAAACCGAACCCAGGCGUGAAACGCAUUCAGAAGCAGAUAGUGUUUAAGGAGUGGGAAUUGCUGAUCCCUUAUCCAAGGGAUAUAAAUGUGAAGGUGCAAAACAGUAACGACAACAGCAAAGAGAAAUGCACGAUAAGUGACAUCAAGAAAACGUUGACGAAGGAGCAAUUGGAAGCUUUUAGAAUGUCAGCUUUUGGGAAGUUCCUUGAUCUGCCACAUUGCAUUGUCCAGAACCAGCUGGUAAACUACAUACUUCUACGCGAGGUUCACCAAGGUAGGACAGAUGAGAUCUGGUUUGACUUUGGAGGGAAAUUCCUCCGAUUUGGUAUAGAGGAAUUUGCUGUCGUGACUGGGUUAAAGUGCAAUGAACUUAGUAAGAAACUGAACAUUCCAAAGAUUGCCAAUGGUCUGCAUGACAAGUAUUUUGCUGGUCUUGAAUUAACUCGGAGCCACAUCAGAUGGCAGUUUCUGAAAAAGUUGUGGGCGAGCGAUGAAGAUGCUGUGAAAUUUGCUAAGUUGCAUUUCUUAGCAAAUUUCCUCAUGGGCUCUCAAGAUGCCCUUCGCAUAGACCGUUGUUUCGUUGACAUGAUUGACAGCCCAGAGUGUGAUGAUUACUCGUGGGGAACUGCUGUUUUUCAAUUCACUCUACUGUACCUGAAGAAAUCAAUUCAAACUAGAGAGCAGAUGCACAUGUCUGACAACGAUGAGGGAAGCAACCUGUAUCAGUUAUAUGGUCUUAUAUUGGCUCUCCAGACAUGGUUUUACGAGGUAUGUGAAACGGCUGAUGGUGUAGUCGCAACCAACAUGGGUGUACACGAUAUCCCGAGGAUAAUCAAGUGGGAAGUUCGUGAACCUUGUACGCGUAGUUUUGUACAGAGAACCUUUUCUAACCUUGAUCACACUAAGUUCAAUAACAUAGUUCCUCCCGAGGCCGAAAAACAAAACCUGUUGUUGGAAUCAUUCUUCACAAAAAGAAAUGAGUUCACCCGAAAAACUACUCCAUCAAGUUCCGCACCGCAACAUACCAAUGAAGAUUAUGUUAUAACCCGCCUCGACAAUCUAACUGCUGAAGUCCAGACCCUGAAGGAAGCAUUCAAUGACUUCUCGAGACGGGUUUUCGAGGAAUUUGCUUUGUUUAAAGAAAAAUUCUUAUUUGUACCGGUCCAAAACCCCCCUUACCCUGAUUUACAGCAACCAAACCCUCAUAUCCAGCCACUCAUUCCUGAUAUCCAUUCACCCAACCAUGAUAUCCCCCCACUCAACCAUGAUAUCCAUCUACCCAAUCCUCACAUCCAUCUACCCAGCAGCCCCAUCGACGACGAUGACAAUUUCCUCUUGAUCAACACCCAGUUCAUUGAGGAGGUUGACAAGACUGUCCAACAAAAAUUAAAUAAAGUGCCAGAGGUCAAAGAACCGAGAGGGUUCAGUUAUGAGCCACACCCCAUAUUCGGUUAUGCAUUGAAUGGAUCUCAGCCUUCGUUUGACGCUAUAAUUGUUGUUCUACCUCCAACGCCACCAUCGAAGAAGACUAUCCCAGAACAGGCUAACAAUUCUGUCGAGAAGAAUGAGACGGUAAAAGGAGUGAACACACAGCUAAUCAAGCAACAACAGCAGCUCCCGUUAGUUGUGUACAGUCCGAAGAAAGACGAAGUGAGGCGAACCAAGAAGCCUAAGAAAACAAUGGCGACCAAAAUUUCCACCAAGAAACAAAUAAGACUUCAGAAGUCUUGCCCAUUCGAUGUGGGGUUUGACAUAAAUGUUUCUGGGGCAGUGGACAUGAAUGAAUUUAGAGACUGGAUUUGUGAGGGUUUGCUCAAGUCGGCUCCUCGCAAAGUCGAAAACGGUUUGAAUUACUACAAGGUCAGGAGCAAAACUUUGCCGUCUCCUUUUCAUUUUAACGUUGUUUCAGUUACUGACAAGAACUGGUUUUACCACAUAUUCGAGAUAGGAUGCUUCCUUGACUGCAGCCACAUGGAUGUCUUAUUCUACUAUCUGAGGAAAAUUGGAUUUUAUGCUAAAUCUUCCCCAGUCAGGUAUGCAACGACUGAUGUGUUGUUUGACCAACACAUUAAGUCGUUGUACGCAUUGUAUGUGUCCCAAUCUCGUAACAAGUCUGUAUGCAAUGUAGACGAUAUGAUAAUUGACUACAUAUUGGGAUAUAAGAUUAUAUGCGGUGUUUCUUGGGCCAAGGUUGAUCACGUCAUGUUCCCGAUGCAUUUGGAAAUAAACGGUGUGGGUCAUUGGAUUUUGGGGCGUUUAUCUCUUGCUGACAUGAAACUGCAUAUCUACAAUUCAAUUCGCACAGUAGACUGCGAUGAUCUUGUUAUCGAGAAUGUGAAGGCUUACGUCGAGAUUCUCCCCAUUUUCCUUCGCUUGGUGAAUCUUUUGAGUACUGGUGAGGCUGACAAAGUCACUGUUGAGGUGGUUAUGGUUGACAAUCUCCCACAGCAGAACAACAGGGAGAGAUACGCAUAUUUGCUGUAUAAUCAUGGUCGAAUGAAACAAAUGAAUGGAUACGACAGUGAUGAUGAAUACCCUGGCAGUGCCCCCGAUGAAGUUAGGUUUAGUCUUAUGAAUGUGGGAAAAACAUCGUAG